CGCGCCGUGGGCCCGGGGCUGUGCGGGCGCCGGGGCCCGCGUCGUGUCCGGCGCCAUGUUCGGGUCCAGCCGCGGCGGCGUGCGCGGCGGGCAGGACCAGUUUAACUGGGAGGACGUGAAGACCGACAAGCAGCGGGAGAACUACCUGGGCAACUCGCUGAUGGCGCCCGUGGGCCGCUGGCAGAAGGGCCGCGACCUCACCUGGUACGCCAAGGGCCGCGCGCCGUGCGCGGGGCCGAGCCGCGAGGAGGAGCUGGCGGCCGUGCGCGAGGCCGAGCGGGAGGCGCUGCUGGCCGCGCUCGGCUACAAGAACGUGAGGAAGCAGCCCACCGGCCUGAGCAAGGAGGACUUCGUGGAGAUCUGCAAGCGAGAGGGCGGCGACCCGGAGGAGAAAGGCGUCGACCGGCUCGUGGGGCUGGGCAGCACGAGUGGCUCCGCGGGCCGCGUAGCGCUGUCCCGGGAGGACAAGGAAGCCGCCAAGCUGGGGCUGUCGGUGUUCACGCACCACCGCACAGACAGCAGCAGCCGAGCUACUUCUCCAGCCGCCGCCAAAAGGAAGCCGCGCGUGGAAGACAGGGCUGACCCCGGUGCCGAGAGCCACAAGAAAAGCAAGAAGGAAAAAAAGAAAAAGAAGAAGAAACAUAAGAAGCAUAAGAAGAAGAAAGACAAAGAACACAGGAAGGAUGCUGAGGUUUCCUCCUCCUCUCCCUCUCCCACUCGGCCCAGACGCCGGCGCCAUGAUUCGGACUCCUCUUCCCCCAGCUGUAAGAGAAGGAAACGGGGGCCUAGCGGGGGCUGCAGAAAGAGCCCACCCCACAGACGUCCAAGCAGAGGCUCAGAUGACUGAGUGUGGACUGAUACCCGCCAGAGCCCUGGCUGGCUGCUUUGUGCUUGGUUACCUGCUGACCUGAGAGCAGGGGCUACUGCCUGGAGUGUCCCUGCACCACACCUGUGGGUUUUGGGGGAUUGACUGCCGAGGGACCGGUGGUGUUGCUUGGGGAAACUUCUCCAGGUUCCUUCUGACCUGGGUCCCUGCAGACUCCCCUUGAGGGUGGCGCUAAGUGAAGACCGGUCUCUCCAGAGGGGCCCUGCACACUACAGACUGCUGUCUGCUUGCAGCAGUCCAGGCCCAAGAGCUGUGACCGAGCAUGGUUGCUUUUCACAUUCACUUUGUACUUAAAUAAAUGUAUUUCAAAAGUA